GCAACUUCAUCUAGUCCAGCAAGUGCGCGACCGCUCUGUAAUUUGGCUUUUCGGUCUUCCAAAGUCUUGCGUGAAUCGUCAAGUCAGUCUUUUUGCCGUUCUUGCAGCCACCUUGUCUCUAUUUGUUCCAGUGCUGCCUCCAGUGUGCUGCAUUCACACGACAAGCGCCGUACCGUCUCAUCAACUCAUCAUCAAUUACUAUAAGUUCCACUGUUCAGCUGUCUUGGUCAUACUUUAUCCAGAGAGUUGUCUUCCUCAAUAUGUCCGACGAAUUUCGAGAUCGGAAUAUUGGGAUCAGCACAGAUUGGGAAAGAAACGAUCAUCAUGAAGCGAUGCGCGAGACUUGGUUGAAAGACGCACUCACUGAAAAACAUGCCAUCCCCGUCUUGAAGCUGGUCAUGAUGCAUUACAAAGGAGGAAAUCAAAAACCUGUCAAGAUGCACCGUGGAAUGUAUGGAUCAUACAAUGCGAAUUGGCGUGUCGAGUUUGAGGAGGGAUCAGCAAUACUUCACAUACCUAUGCCCGGCCGCUCGGCUUUCUUUGACGAGAAGAUACGCGCAGAGGUAGCUACGAUGAAGAUGAUCGAGGCAAGAACGACGAUCCCUGUGCCGCACAUCUAUCACUGGGGGUAUGCUGCCGACAACCCGACCGGUUUAGGCCCGUUUAUCAUCAUGGACUACAUAGAGCACGAGAGAAACCUGGCUGAUCUGGUGCUGCCGGCGAACAAUCCAUCAUGGAAUAUCAAUCUGCACGGAAUGGACCCCAAUGCUUCUGAAGAAACCUUGCUGAAGGUUUACCGGCAAAUGGCCAAUAUAUGGCUUCAGCUGUCUACCCUUGAGAUGCCAUGCAUUGGGUCACCAUCGUUUGAUGAAACCUCCCAGUCUUUUAAAGUACAUGGCAGGCCUGUAACGGAGAAUCUAACAGGCAUGUUGAUGGAUGGGGGCAAUCCACGAUGUGCACUGCCCGCUGAGACGAAAAUAUUUGCAACAUCAAAGGAGUACUACUCCGCGCUCGCAGACAUGCAUCUUGCUGAACUCGCUUUCCAAUACAACGGGGGAAUAGAUAGCUACGACGACUGCCGUGACAAAUAUGUGGCCCGUCAGCUUUUUAGGAGACUCUGCAAAGAUGCCGCAUUUCUCGAUUCAGAUGAAGAAGAGGAGCCAUUCAAAUUGUGGUGCGAUGACAUGCGACCGAGCAGUGUCCUGUUGAAUGAGCACAAUGACGUUGUCGGGGUCAUCGACUGGGAAUUUGCGUACUUUGCCCCAGCAUCAUUCACCUACGAUCCGCCAUGGUGGACAAUCUUGGGGAAAUUUGAGGUAUGGGAAAAAGGCCUUGACGAUUAUUCGGCGAAGUUUGACCAGCACGUGCCAUUAUUACUGAAGGCUAUGGAAAUGGAGGAAGAACGAAUGGAGAAAGAGGCCAAAGAGGAACCACCCGAGGUGGGGGCCUCAGUCCUGAGCUUCUACCUCGGCGAGCUUGAGUUGAACGAUGCGAAGCCAAGGGUCCUCCCAAAGCUAUCAGAGAAGAUGAAGAAGCACUGGGAGACCGGUAGACACUACCUCAACUAUGCUGCCCGGAACAGCUGGGCAUUCGACCCCAUAUUUUGGAAAUAUAUCGACCAGCGAUUCUUCGGGCAAAACGUGCGCGGCGGAUUCGAGGAUAGGCUGCAAUUGUUUUCGGAGUCGCAGCGAAAGAGGAUGGAAGACUUCGUGGAGCGCAAGAUAGCGCAAUUGCUUGAUGCCAAACUGAAAAUAUGGGAUGAGCAAGAGUGCAAGGAGUACCUGGAAGAUCUUUUGAAAGAUCGUUAG